CCCAUCUAGUGAGAUACUUGGUUGUUACUGAAAACUGCGAGUAAAAUGUUUUUAAUAUUGUCGCUUAUUUUUGCGACCAUUGGGUAUGUGCUGUUUAACUAUCAUCGAACUCGCCAGCGGUUGUUGAAAAUACGAUCGCACUUCGAUGGACCCAAAUCGCAUUACUUCUGGGGAACUAUGCCCAUGUUUAUUGGCAAGAGCAUACCUGAGAUAUUCGAAAUCGUAACGGAUAUGCAUAAGGUUCAUGGUGAAGACGUUGUUGUUCUUGCGGCUUUCAACGAGUUGGUCGUGGAUUUGUCUAGCUCGAAAAACGUUGAAAAAGUUUUACUGGCAAAAUCAAUUCGGAAAUCGUUUGCCUAUGAUUUUAUGCUUCCAUGGCUUGGCACUGGACUGUUGAUUUCAACUGGAGAGAAAUGGUUCCAGCGAAGAAAGAUUAUUACCCCAACGUUUCAUUUUAAAAUCUUGGAAAACUUUCUGGAAGUGUUCAACGCCGAAGCUGACGUUCUGGUAUCGAAACUGAAGCCACACGCGGGAAAAGACGAGUUCGAUAUUUAUGAUUACGUCACACUGUAUGCAUUGGACAGUAUUUGUGCAACUUCAAUGGGAGUCCAAGUUCACGCCCAGGAUGACCCUAAUAACGAAUACGCAUUGGCGGUCAAACAAAUGAGUACCUUUAUAUUGCGGCGAGUAUUUAGCCUUCUCCGUUCCUUUCCAUCACUUUUCUUCCUGUACCCGUAUGCCAAAGAUCAGAAACAAGUUAUUUCAAAACUGCAUAAUUUCACAAAUUCGGUAAUUGAUUCUCGAAGAAUGAUGCUAGAACAGGAGAAAGCCAACACCAAGGUGACGUUCGAUCUUCAUGAAGAGGAUAUGUAUUCGAAGAAGAAAAUAACCUUCCUUGACUUACUGCUAAACGUUACCGUUGAUGGAAAACCACUAAGCCGGGAGGAUAUUCGAGAGGAAGUGGAUACCUUUAUGUUCGAAGGACAUGACACAACCACGUCUGGUAUUUCGUUCACGAUUUGGCACUUGGCUAAAUACCAAGACAUUCAGCAGCGGUUAUACGAAGAAAUUAUUCGUGUUUUGGGCAAAGAAAACACUGCCGGACAGCUGACGAACAUGCAAAUUCAACAGCUGGAGUACUUGGAUAUGGUCGUAAAAGAAUCACUACGUUUGAUGCCUCCGGUGCCGAUCAUUGGACGAACCCUUGUUGAGGACAUGGAAAUGAAUGGCGUCAUCAUUCCGGCUGGUACGACAAUUUCGAUCAAGAUUUACAACAUCCAUCGGAAUCCCAAAAUCUGGCCCGAGCCGGAGAAGUUCAUCCCGGAACGGUUCUCCAAGACGAACGAAAGCACCCGUGGUCCGUACGACUACAUUCCGUUCAGUGCCGGAUCGCGGAAUUGCAUCGGGCAAAGGUACGCCAUGAUGGAACUGAAGGUGACGCUUAUAAAAUUGUUGGCCAACUAUCGUGUGCUGCCGGGAGAAUCGAUGGAAAAAUUGGAAGUCAAAACCGAUUUGGUACUACGUCCGGAUAAGGGCAUACCAAUUAAAUUGCAGCAUCGUUAA